AUGGGCAGUGCCAGGGUCGCAACCCGCAAGUUCUACUUUAUUGAGACUGUUUCUGGUGUCUUGAGGAAAAGGGAGACGCAAACGUCUGGCUCCAUGGAGAACUUGGACUAUCUUUCGGCUGCCUUGGCGGCCAUCUUGACCUACGCAAUCUACACUGCAAUAUGGCGUCUGUAUUUUAGCCCAAUUGCGCAUUUUCCUGGGCCGAGGCUGGCGGCACUAACUCAUGGCUAUGAGGCCUAUUACAACAAUGUAAAAGGCGGAAAGUACAUUUACAGAAUCCAGGAAAUGCACAACCGAUAUGGACCAAUUGUCCGCAUCUCGCCAUCCGAUCUACAUGUGAACGACCCGAACUUUUACGAUGUUCUCUAUCCUAGUACUACAAGUGGGCGAAGGGCUAACAAGUCAGCGAGCCUGACCAAAUUCUUUGGCCUGGAUGACUCGCUGUUCUCCACGAUUGAGCACGACACCCACCGGAUGCGCCGCGCCGCCUUGCUGCCCUUCUUCAGCCCGUCCUACGUGAGAAGACUGCAGCCCAUGUUUCAGGAGCGACUCGACGUUCUCCUCGCCAGGAUGGCUGCCUUGAAAGACACGGAGCAGGCAGUCAACGCGAGCUGCCUGUUUGCAGCAUUCAGCAACGACCUAGUUCAGACGUUGGCCUUUGGACAGUGCGCCGGCAAGCUUGAAACUCCGGAUUUCGAUUCUUCAGAGCGCGACGCGGCGCUCUCGGGUGCACAGUCGUUUCACGUCUUGAAGCGCAUUCCCUGGCUGAAUAACGUCAUGAUGGCCAUGCCCGAGGCUGUAUCGCACGUCUUGAGCCCGUCGCUGGCAUCCUUUAUGCGGCAGAAGCGCAUGACGCGAGAGCAGAUUGCUCGGCUGUCUUGCGUUUCCGCGGAUGAGUUUGCGGGUGCCGAUGUGACGCCGAUUUUCCAACAGGUCAUGUUGUCUUCCAAGCUGCCGCCCAGCGAGAAGUCGGUCGAGCGAGUGGCGCAAGACGCCCAGAUGCUUCUCAUGGCCGGCACGCUGACAAUGGCUUCCGUCCUUGAGCAUCUAAUUUACUGGAUGGUCGAUAACCCGGCAGUUCUGCAAAGACUCAAGACGGAGCUGUGCGAGGUGAUGCCGUCGAUUGAUGAUGUCGGCAAAGUGCCCAUCGCGAAAUUGGAAGGCCUUCCAUACAUGACUGCCAUUGUCAAAGAAAGUAUUCGACUUAUAUACGGAAACUCGACACCGCAUUUUCGUUUUGAUCCGGACAAGUCUCUUGUGUACGAUGAUGCCGCCACUGGUCGUCGGUGGGAAAUUCCGCGCAACACGUCGGUAGGCAUGUCGAGCGUUCUGCUGCACCACAAUGAGCAGCAUUUCCCGGAAAGCUCCAGAUUCGUUCCUGAGCGUUGGAUCGGGGAUGAUGGAAAAAAGCUGGACAAGUACAACGUGGGGUUUGGCAAGGGCAGUCGUGUGUGUAUUGGUAUGCCCCAGGCAUACGCCGUCAUGCGUUUGGUGUUGGCUCAAGUUUGGAGGCUUUGGGCGAGCCCGGGCGCACAGAUUGGUGACGAAAUUGGCGUGCUCAGCUUGCACGACACCAGUCCUCAUGAUGUGCAAAUGAGUGGAGAUUUCUUUGUCGCUGCGUAUAACAAAAUUCAGGGCGUCGAGUUCAAGCUGCAUGACAUGAAAGUAAGGACAAUUUAG